GUUUUCGAGGUAAAAAUUGGAGCAAUAUUUCUAUUGGUGGGCGGAAUGGUCGUGAAAGGGACAAUCGGGCUGACUCUGCCAAGGAGCCACCUCAAAGCGUAUCGGGUUACUUUGAGUGACAGCGUAACCAUGGCGAAUAAUUCAACUAAGGCUAUUGUCUUAUCCUCACCAUCUCCGGGUCAGAUAACCGACCAAUCAGAGUUCAUAUAAUCGCUUGUCUUGCCAGCUUAGAAUAAUAUUAUUAAAACGAGCCAGCGAGUCUGGUCUCCGCGAGUAGUUUAAGCUGAAACGACACAGAAAAGGUGGAGGAGGACGGCGGGAGCUGAAAUUUUCUCUCUUUCUCUACAACUUUAUGAGGAAUUGCCGCCUGGGGUUUCGCGCUGCUGAAGACUCGAGCUGACUCUGAGCUGGAUAUCGCCAAAACUCCGAGCUCUUCUAAGUUUCAUGCUGCUCUUGUGGGACCUUCUUGACACUCGUGGACUUACAUGCGUCUUGGUUUAAUGAGAUAUUGAGAGGAGAGACGUGGAAGUGAGGCACAGUCUAAACUGUCUUGGUUUACGUCGUCGCCAUGUCCAUGCUUCCAACGUUUGGUUUUACGCAGGAGCAAGUGGCGUGUGUCUGCGAGGUCCUCCAACAGGGGGGGAACAUUGAGCGGCUGGGGCGCUUCCUCUGGUCCCUCCCGGCGUGCGAACACCUCCACAAGAACGAGAGCGUCCUCAAAGCGAAAGCUGUGGUCGCUUUUCAUCGGGGCAACUUCCGAGAGCUCUACAAGAUCCUGGAGAGCCACCAGUUCUCGCCGCACAACCACCCGAAGCUACAGCAGCUGUGGCUCAAGGCGCACUACAUUGAGGCGGAGAAGCUGCGGGGCCGUCCGCUCGGCGCGGUGGGGAAGUACCGCGUCCGGAGAAAGUUCCCCCUGCCCCGCUCCAUCUGGGACGGCGAGGAGACGAGCUACUGCUUCAAGGAGAAGAGCAGGAGCGUUCUUCGGGAGUGGUACACCCACAACCCGUACCCGUCCCCGCGGGAGAAGAGAGAGCUGGCCGAGGCCACGGGACUCACGACCACACAGGUCAGCAACUGGUUCAAGAACCGACGGCAGCGGGACCGAGCCGCUGAGGCGAAGGAGAGGGAAAACAACGAGAACUCCAACAACAAUCACAACCCACUAUCGUCUUCUAUGAAUGGAAAUAAAACUCUUUUGGGGAGCUCGGACGACGACAAAACCCCAUCGGGGACCCCGGAUCACACGUCUCCUAGCCCUGCUCUGCUCCUCUGCCCAAACCCCGGUUUGCCGUCUUUGCACGGCCUUGCACCCCCGCCGGGACCCAGCGCAAUCCCGGUGCCCGGCGGCGCAGACUCAGUGCACCAUCACCACUCUGUGCACCAUGACACUAUACUGAACUCCAUGUCUUCUAAUCUAGUGGACCUUGGCUCUUAAAGGAAAAGCGGGACAGAAAGGGACAAAGUCGUUUUCAUGGUGGCGCGAGCAAAUCUUCAAGCACUUGGGGUAAGGUGGAAGGCAGAUAAACUGCAAAAGCCACCAUAACAAAUCACUUAGUCUCAUAUUUAACUUUGCAAACUCUUUUUUCAACCAACGGGGGAAAAUCUCACCUCCUAAUAAUUAAAUCCUCUGGUUAGAGGAUGUUUUGGUCCAGAGCAGAAGCACUUAAGAACUUUUUUUAUGCUUAGAUCAAGUGCAGAGGGAAACUUUCGCUUUAAAAAUAUUAUUUGGAGGAAAAAAUGACAAGAUGUGAACUUUUGGAGAUGGAACAUGCAGUUUGGGAGGAAAAGGCAAGAAAAGGGAAAAUAACUUGUAUUUUAAUGGAAUGUAAUUACAUGUUAUAUUGUUUAAAACAAUAUUAAUAAUAAAGUGUCUUAAUUCUUGUUCUGAUUUUAGUUAAGUUCCGACUCAGAACCCCCUGCCUUUAUGUUUACAUUGAGAGCCAGAAGCAGUCAUUUUUUUGUUUUUGUUUACAAUUUUUGUUCAUUUUGUUUGCUUUUGAGGCUGAUGGGCUAAUUUUUUAAAUUGUCGUAUAAGAUGAAGUAUCUUAACCUCCUGAUAUUAUUAUUAUUUACAUUUGGAAAUAGACUGCAUGUAACCUUUAAUCUGCGAUGAACCAUGAAACGACUCACUUUUAGUUUCAUAUACCCUUUCCAAUAAAAGACAAAAGAUA